AUGACGACAGAAGAGGACAAGCCAGUCAUCACGACCGCAACAGCAACCGCGCUCUCGGUCGUCUUCACCUUAAUCUAUGUGGUGCCCUUCUAUCUGUCACGGUCGACGCGGCCAUCACCAGUGUUGAACCGAGAUGCACCCUCGGUCAUUCGAGCGCGGAUACGCAUCGUCACUCUGGCAUGCAUUGCAGCCUCCUCGGCAACCUUUUAUUUACUUGUUGUGACAGCGAAAUCGACACCCGUCAAUGCUCUCCAUAUUAUGGGCUGGUGGCCGGUCCAGUUGACUGACGUGGUCAAAUGUUGCGCAUUGACCUUUCUCCUCUUUCUCGGGCCGCUGUUCGAGAAACUCUAUGUGGAAAGAGGCCUGAACGGUGUGCGCCGUCGUCGGGAGAUUCUCGAAACCCUGCAAAGUUGGCAAGGCUAUCGCAACUAUGUCGCCGGUCCCAUCACGGAGGAGGUCAUCUUCCGUUCUGUGCUGAUAUCAAUACAUUUGUUGGCCAAGGUGUCGGCGACAAAGAUCGUCUUUCUGACACCUCUAUACUUCGGGAUUGCCCACGUGCAUCACUUCUAUGAGUUCACGCUGACGCAUCUUCAUACACCUCUCCUGCCCGCGCUACUACGAUCGGUCUUCCAAUUUGGCUACACAACACUGUUUGGGUGGAUAGCCGGCUUCAUCUACCUGCGGACGGGCUCGAUUUAUGCCUGUAUUUUAGUCCAUACAUUCUGCAAUUGGAUCGGGCUGCCUCGAUUCUGGGGGCGCGUCCAACGCCGAGAGGAGUAUCCGCUGUCGCCGAUAGCGAUCCGAGGAAAAGACGACACCGACACAAUUCAAGCUGGUGGACGCGGAGGGCCCCAAGGCCUCAAAUUGACGGUGGCCUACUAUGUCUUGCUACUGAUCGGAGCUUAUUCAUUUUAUGCUGCACUAUGGCCGCUGACGGCAUCGUCGCUUGCAUUGAGCGAUUUCGAAGACAACAAAGUCUCCUUGUGA